CGCGGGGCUAGACAUAAACUCUACACAGAGGAUGCUUUUAGAUGCCAAAUAAGUGAAGAUGGGGAAAGACCAGGAAUUGCUUCAAGCGGUGAAGACUGAAGACCUUCUAACGGUGCAGAAACUCCUGCAGAGACCCAAACCGGGAAAAGCAAAGCUACUCGGCUCCACCAAGAAGGUGAACGUCAACUUCCAGGAUCCCGACGGAUUCUCACCUCUGCACCAUGCGGCCCUCAACGGAAACCUGGAGGUCAUUUCUCUUCUGCUGGAGUCCCAGGCCAUGGUGGAUAUUAGAGACCAAAAAGGGAUGCGUCCUCUCCACUACGCCGCCUGGCAGGGCAAGUCAGAGCCAAUGAAAAUGUUGCUUAAAUCUGGCUCCUCCGUCAACGGCCAAUCAGACGAAGGCCAGAUCCCUCUGCACCUGGCAGCGCAGCACGGCCACUAUGACGUGUCUGAGAUGUUGCUGCAGCACCAGUCCAACCCCUGCAUCGUGGACAACGCUGGGAAAACUCCGCUGGACCUGGCCUGUGAGUUUGGCAGAGUCGGGGUGGUCCAGCUGCUCCUCAGCAGUAACAUGUGUGCAGCGCUGUUGGAGCCCAAGCCUGGGGACUCCACUGAUCCCAAUGGCACGAGCCCAUUGCAUCUUGCCGCCAAGAAUGGACACAUCGACAUUAUCAGACUGCUGAUCCAGGCUGGCAUUGACAUUAACAGGCAGACCAAGGCUGGCACAGCCCUCCAUGAGGCAGCACUGUGUGGCAAGACUGAAGUAGUGCGCCUCCUACUGGACAGUGGCAUCAACGCGACAGUGAGGAACACAUAUAGCCAAACGGCGCUGGACAUUGUUUACCAGUUCACGGCCACGCAGGCCAGCCGCGAGAUCAAACAGAUGCUCAGAGACGCCUCCGCGGCCCUGCAAGUCAGGGCACUUAGAGACUACUGCAACAACUAUGACCUGACCAGUCUCAACAUCAAGACUGGAGACGUCAUCACGGUUCUAGAGCAACAUCCCGACGGCAGGUGGAAGGGCUGUAUCCAUGACAACCGCACAGGAAAUGACCGAGUGGGAUACUUCCCAUCCAACAUCGUGGAGAUUAUCAGCAAGAGGCCAGGAGCCACGGGUUCAUGGAGUACAGUCAUUUGUACACAACAGUAUCAAAAGAUACAGCUCUGUGCGCCGGCGAGCGGCCCUGCCGCCGUCGCCAUGGUGAACGGGGACUCGUAUCAUCAGAUUCAUAUCCUGCCGCCUCCUCCACCUCCGCCAACACAUUCCCAUCUGCCACUUUUUACUUCCUUUGGCUAUAACAGGUCCCAAAACACCUCAGGAGAGACGCACAGUGGACAAGGUUCUCGCGGCUCAGAGUCCAGCCCUCACGGGUCCCCCACCCUGACCAGUGGCCCCCAAGGCAGUGCCAGCGAGGAGAUCUGGGUACUGCGCAAGCCAGUGGCAGGCGGAGGAGACCGCAGUAGCGUGGGUAGCUCGAGCAGCGUGGCCAGUGCCCGCUCCUCAGGCAGCGGGCAAAGCGCGGGUAGUGCCCACAUUCUCCAUGCACAGGCAGAGGGAGUGAAGCUUCUGGCCACGGUCUUGUCCCAGUCUGCAAAAGCCAAGGAGCAUCUGCUGGAGCAGUCGAAAUCCCUAGACCAGCCACCGGGCACCACCAUGAGGGGACCCUCCUCUCGCAGUCAGAGUGUCUCAAGCUGUCCUCUCCACGAACAGCCAUAUGGGGAGGCGGGGCUUCACAGGAAAGGGGAGGGGCCACAGGAGGGGAAGAGCUCAGAGGCCGUUAUCCAAUGGCUGAGCGAAUUUCAACUGCAAGUCUACGCUCCAAACUUCAUCAGCGCCGGUUAUGACAUUCCCACCAUUAGCCGAAUGACCCCAGAGGACCUAACUGCCAUUGGAGUGACCAAACCGGGUCAUCGCAAGAAAAUGACCUCAGAAAUCAACAAACUCAAUGUCACAGAGUGGCUACCUGACCAAAAACCUGCCAACUUGGCCGAGUGGCUGUCUAUCAUCGGGUUGAGCCAGUACUACCAGGUUCUGGUACAAAAUGGCUAUGAGAACAUUGACUUCAUUACAGACAUCACAUGGGAAGAUCUGCAGGAGAUUGGCAUAACCAAACUUGGCCACCAGAAGAAGCUUAUGCUGGCAGUGAAGAAGCUUGCAGAGAUUCAAAAGGCCUCAGAGGGUCGCAGCACCCUACGCAAGAAGCCCCCACCCUCUCAAGAAGUGAUGUCUAUCGAGAGCCCACCCCAUGAUGGCAGCGAAUGCAUGUCACCUAAGAUGACGACCUUCCAGGACAGCGAGUUGAGUGGAGAGCUGCAAGCUGCCCUCAUCCGGUCAGCAGACACCCAAGAUGGACCAGAGGUCAGGGCCAAUGGGGGACAUCCUCCACAACAGCGCACUCGCAACCUGCAAGAGAACAGCAUGGGCAAGAGCCGAGAUGCUGAGGAGAGCAGUGGGCCUCCAAGGAAGGAGGCUCGCACCAUGCGACAGAGCAGUCAGCAGGGUGGCCAAAGGGGAGGUGUGCCCUCAGUGCAGGCCAAACCACGCCAAUCCUAUCCUCAAGGUGCAGGGCCACCAUACACUCCGCCACAGACCCCCACCAAAACUAAGCCUCCUUCCACACAGUCUGUGAGCUCCACUCAGCCCAAAGCAAAGCCUGGUCCUCAGCUCCUCACACAGACAGAGAGGCCCAUGUCCCCACGGUCUGUCCCCCAGUCUCCCACACACAGGGCACAUCCCCAUACUGCUCCUGCCACUCAGCCAGUGGACGGUGUAGAGACAGCACCUGCAACAUCUGCUCCUCCUGUUUCGGUCCCCCUGCUGUGCCUGCCUCCAGAGGCCGACGAGGCCAACGACGGACAAGGCAUCCCAAAGAAACGCGCUCAUAGCCUGAACCGCUAUGCUGUCUCAGACAGCGAGCAAGAGCGAGAUGAACUCAACGUGCCGGAGGCGACGGGAAAAUACGCGACAGUGCAGAAUCGCGUCGGCCGCAGUAACUCCGUAAGGGGCCAGGCGGACAAGAAUGUCAACCGUAGCCAGUCCUUCGCCCUCAGGCCCAAGAAGAAGGGCCCUCCUCCUCCUCCUCCCAAACGAUCCAGCUCCGCCAUCUCCAGCUCCAGCAGUAACUUGACGGAGGAGCCCAAAGAGGGAAGCAGUGGACCCCUACUGGAUGUGAACUACCACCCGCAGAGGCGUGCCAGCGACCUGGGUGGCACGGUGGACACGGGCAGCGCUGGCAGUGUGAGAAGCAUCGCUGCCAUGCUUGAGAUGUCGUCUAUUGGAGGAGGAGCCAAAGGCCUGGCGCUGCAGAAGUCCGGACAGCACUUCCUUCAGGUGAGGAAACAGCGUGACGCCAUCGGCCUGGACGGAGAGGUGGUGAACCGCCGUCGGACCAUCAGCGGCCCUGUGACCGACCUGGUUGCGGCUGCCAAACGAGGCCCGCAGGAGACCAACCCACCCCAAGACAGACAGGGCACUGCCGAGCCACAGCCCAGCUCCACAGGGAGCUCUGCCGAAAACUUGCCCUUUGCCGAAGAUGGAAACCUCACUAUAAAACAGAGACCCAGACAAGGCAAGGGCGAGGGUGAGGGACAGGAGGCUCCAGAUGGCAUCUAUUCUGUGCCCCAGGAUGAGCUUUCACAUAUGGACGGCACGGGAACAAUGAAAAGGAGAUCCAGGGGUUCUAAACAACACCCUAACGAGGCGAAGUUCCACCUUACGGAGUCCAGCACGGUCAAACGUCGACCCAAAAGCAAGGACAAGGACUCAGAGGAGCUGCAGGAUGGACAGGUGCCUGUGGCCUACGAGAACGGCACAGGCACCAUUAAGAGACGGCCUGUGUCUGAAGUGACUGUGUCAGAGCAGCCCAGAGCGCAGGAGCAUGUUGAGAACGCACCGCGCAGGGACAGCGCUGAUCUUGGGGGUCAGUCAACAGAGGCCACACCUCGUAAGCCCAAACCACCGGUGUCUCCCAAACCUGUUCUGGCCCAGCACAUGAAGAAGCAAGGACCGCCGGCUGCCGGCCCAAAGAAAGCCCCCAUCCCUGGACCAGGGGCGCCUGGCAGCCCAGUUGAAGGGAAGAAAGUACCUCCGCCUGUUUCGCCAAAACCUACUCCUCCUCCAACUGCUCCCAAACCUGCCAAACUGCAGAAUGUCCUCCAGACAAUAAAUGCCACGCCAAACCCCCCUGUGGUCAAAGUGACAAGCACACCUCCUGCCCUGACAGCCAAUCCAACGAAGGCCUCCAGCCCCCCUGCUCAAAGCCCCCAGACACCACAUACACCGCAGACCCCACAAACUCCACAAACUCCACAGACACCUCAAACCCCACAGACCCCUAUUCCCACUCCUCCGCCUGUGAAGCCUCCGCGCUCCUCCAUCGGCGGGGUGUCCAUGGACAAUACGGCCGGGACUGGACUGGGGACUGGGAUCUCAGGGCAGGAGGCAGCUCAUCAAAAGCUGGAGGAGACCAGUGCCUCUUUGGCGGCAGCGCUGCAGGCUGUGGAGGAGAAGAUCAAAGAGGAUGGACACAGAGACUCGGUGGCGGAGGACAAGAGCACAGUCAGCAUACUGGAUGACAUCGGCAGCAUGUUUGACGACCUGGCAGAUCAGCUGGAUGCCAUGUUAGAGUGAGGAGCACAGGCAGUGUCGUUACGACACAACCUCAGGGCCCUGGGAGGGCAUAAGGGCACAACCAACCCAA